UGACGGACCAAGAUGUUCAUGCUUCGGUACAUGCCCGUCAAUUUGUCCUCUACAGAAAUCCUUCUAUAAUAUCUUUUUUUAUAGUUUUUACCCACUCACUGUGUCAUAGAUUAGCAUAUAAAUAAACAUGACUUCAAGAGGGACGCCGAGUCGGUUUCUCAAAAGCGUCCUUCAAAACGGAGUGGGGCGAUAUGUUUGUCAGCUCAAACGCGUCUCCAUCAUUUUCUCCAAAAACGCACAGAGCUCAUUAGGAGUCAGAGACUUUAUUGAGGAAGGAGUGGUGGAUUAUGCAAAGAAAAACCCAGGGACAGUCGUGUAUGUGUCGCCUCAGACCUCUCGAAUCCCAAAGAUUGUAGCUGAAUAUUUAAAUGGCAACGUGAGGGAGGAAAUCGUCACGUCCAAAACUGCACCACAGAUUUCGGAGCUUUUGACCAAACUCACAAACCAGUCAGGGCUCGACAUUAUUCGCAUUCGAAAGCCCUUUCACACGGACACCCCGAGUAUCCAGGGACAAUGGCACCCUUUUACCAACCGCCCUCCUUCCAUCGGCCCCAUAAGACCACGGAAAACAGAUGCACAUUAAAGACUGAAUUUGAUAAAUAAAUGUAGAUUUAAAUAGA